CUCCCACCAUUUCUUCCUUAACACUAACACAAACCCAAACCCAAACCCAAACCAACCAAAUCUUAAAAAAUUGUAAAAAUGGCAGCAACCACCACAACAAUGAUGGGCAUGGCCACCACCUUUGUCCCAAAACCCCAAGCACCACCAAUGAUGGCGGCGCUUCCAUCCAACACCGGCCGCUCUUUGUUCGGACUCAAGACCGGUAGCCGUGGCGGAAGGAUGACAAUGGCUGCCUACAAGGUAACCUUGGUAACACCCACCGGUAACGUAGAGUUUCAAUGCCCAGACGAUGUUUACAUCUUGGAUGCUGCUGAAGAAGAAGGCAUUGACUUGCCUUACUCAUGCAGAGCUGGGUCGUGCUCUUCAUGCGCCGGAAAGCUUAAGACAGGUAGUCUUAACCAAGAUGAUCAGAGUUUUUUGGAUGACGAUCAGAUCGAUGAAGGAUGGGUUCUUACCUGUGCUGCUUACCCUGUUAGUGAUGUUACUAUUGAGACCCACAAGGAAGAGGAGCUUACUGCCUAAUUCAUUUUUUUUUAUUUUUUAUUAUUUUGUUCUCAUUUGAGAGGGAAUUGAAAGACUAAAAAAGAGUAAAUGCAGCGAGGAGUUUUUACUUCUUCGAUCUGUGGUUUGUAAUUGUGUAUUAUCAUGUUAAUCAAUUGCUCUUAUAAGCUUAAUUACUACGUAAUAUAUAUACUUACACUGUUUUCACUUAA